AUGUCCAAACGCUUGGCGGACGUUGAAAACGCCAAGAAAGAGACGGCCCAAGAUUUGUCCAAUUUGAAAAACGAAUUGGCUCAAAUGAAAAAACUGGCGGAAGAUUCGAGGAGUCAGUUCAACGGUAAUAACAAUCCGUCGUGGCAAUCCGUCGUGGCAAUUGCAAAGGCAACCCCGUCAGCCAGAGUUUGCAACUGCCUCAUGCUUAAAGUUGUUACCUUUGCUCUAAGCAAAGAUAUGGCUGCACAAAAGUCAAAGCUGAAUGAUUUAACGACGUCCGUUAGCAGUUUAAGCGACGAUGUGGCUGACCACGAGUCGAGGCUGAAUGAUUUAACGACGGCUGUUGGCAGUUUAGGCAGCGAUCUGGCUGACCAAGUGUCAAAGCUGAAUGAUUUAAUCAUAGCGUUCGCUGCGAGUGCCGCGGUAACGAUGCUCAGCAGCAUGCCCAGUUCUUGCGCAGACCUCAAGUCAUUGGGUUACCACAGAAGCGGCAUCUUUUCCGUCAAGGGGACCAAUCAAGUGCAAAGCGUUUACUGCGAUUUCACGAAACAGGUCGGCGUUGCAGAACUGAUGGGCAUCGUCGACGUCAAAACGAAGCGCAUUUACUUCCACGCCCAACGCGCGUCGAUUUACUCAACUGCCGGCACCGCUGUGCAAUUUGAGUCGUUUCGCGUUAACGUAGGAGACGCCAUGCAAACAAGCGGCAUCUUCACCGCGCCUGUCCCGGGAACGUACUACUUCGCCUUAUCGGGCAUCAGCACGCAGAACGGCGCAGCGCGAGUCGACUUGCAGUUAAAGACGGCCACGGGCACGGCUGGUUGGACGGGCAUCAGCAGAGGUGUCGGCACUGGUCUCGAUUACCAGACAUUUGCCAUGCACGCGACUCUGCAACUUGAUGUAGGCGAUCAAGUCAGAGCAUUUUUAUUCAGCGGAACGAUCCAGGAUUCAGCAACCUAUAUUACGACUUUUGUCGGCUUCUUAAUUGACGAGAAAUUCGAAUAA